AAAAUUAAAAAAAAUCGGUUUAUUAAAAAAAAAUUUUUAAUGUUUACUUUUCAUUUGAAAUUCCCCCAUAAAUGCCAUUUUUUCAAAAAUAUUCCUAAACGUUUAUAUUGGCAAGGAAGGGAUAUUUUUGGAUGUUCAGCAACUGGAAAGCCCGCCACUACUGUACUAGAAAAUGAGGGAAUUUCUUCUCUUAAUGAAGAUAAUGAAAAGGGUAUUAAUUCAUUAAUUAAUGCUUAUCGGAGAUAUGGUCAUUUACAAGCAGCAAUUGAUCCAUUGAAUUUAAGUUGUAGAGAAAGGUAAAAAAUUUUUGGAUGGAUAUUGUUAUGAUAAAUGUAUUUGGGACUUUACUACGUUGUCAUCCUGGAACUUAAUUGGUACUAUAUUAUUGUAUCCGAAGGACUCCUCAAAAAUAGGACUCCUCAAAAAAAUUAAAAAUUUUUUUUCAAAGAAUACCCGAAU